AUGGCAACUUCGUCAAAGCCAGGCCCUUCGGGCACCGAGCCCAAGACGCCCGUCUACAUCCAGGAGGUCACCCCGGGGAUCACCACGUUCGACUACCCCUUCAGCCGCUUCGGCAUCCUGCCCAUCGGUGGUCGCAGCAUCGCCAUCAAAUUGCGCGAUGGUCGUCUGUGGGUGGUUCCCUCUACGCCCUUGGACCAGCCUACCAAGGCCAAGAUCGAUUCGAUGGGUGAGGUAGCCUACCUCGUGGCGCCAGACAACGUGCACCACCUUUUCCUCAAGGACUUCCACGCAGCAUACCCAUCCGCCAAGGUGGUCGGCACCGAUGGUCACGAGGAGAAGCGACCAGAUGUCAAGUUCAGCGGCAUCUAUGGCAAGGACCCUCCCGACACACAAUACGGCUACGAGUCGGAGCUGGUGCCCCAGUACUUCGCCACCUUUGCCAACAAGGAUGUCGCGUUCCUGCACAAGGACAGCAAGACGCUCAUCACGGCCGACCUGCUGUUCAACCUCCCAUGCCACCAGCAGUACCGCAACACGCCAGCCGGUAAGGCUACGUCUUGGAUCCCAGGCAUCAUCUGGUUCUCCAAGCUUUUCAACCCCUACGCUUCGUUCCACAAGACCUUCCUCGGCACGGCGGGUGUUGCGAGCCCCAUCCCUGGUGUCGAGAAAGGCGGCUCGACGCAAGAGAGGAAGAAGAACUUUGCGGAGGCAGCCUCUAAUGUGGCCAAGUGGGACUUCCGCCGUAUCAUCAUGCUUCACGGUGAUAUCAUCGAGAACCACGGUCAAGAGGCAUGGCGCGCUGCGUUCAGCAAGUACCUCGACGCCGAAGGCAACUCCAAGUUCAAGUCGUCGUAG